UAUUAAGAAAGAUUCUUAAUUAUAAAAUAAAUAAUUAUAAAACUCGUAUUUACUUUAAUAUUAUUUUUCUCUGAUAAAUUAAAGUAGUAUUUUCCAAAUAGAGAUUCUAAAACGGAAUUGUAUAGAUAGAAAACCAGAAUUUUCAAAACUACUUUUAUAGGUGAUAGUUGAAUAGAUUUUGAAGCGGAGAUAAUCUGCUUCUCUAAGAUGUCCUUCCAACCCUGUCAGUGCUUAGAUAAAACUCAAAGACAUAAGACGGAUUCCACAAUGACAAGUAGCUGUCAAUCAACCAUCCAAUACUUGAUCAUCAUCGCCCUCUUCCUACUUCUCACCCUCACCCCCGCUCAGGGGGGCGAAGAGGAAAACGACUGCGGCGAGGGGUGCCAGUUUCUGUACCCUGACAUCCCUCUGAUCAGCCGCUGUGUCAAGUACUCCUGUCGCCGGCGCGUUUUUCAAAAUUUCAUCCGUUUCGGAAAACGCUCCGGGAACUCUGAAGAACCUCUGCCACUUCAAAAACACCCCAGCGCUUUAAAAAAUUUAAUCCGCUUCGAACAGCGUUCGGGGUACGAUUCAAACCCGCUGUUUCAACUAACCCAGUCCGAUUCAGCUCCUAAGAUUCAAAAUGUUGAGCCCAUCAGCGAGACCUUGCAGACCCAGCAGCAUCAACUGUCGCAGGAGGAGCUACAGCAGCUCACCCAAGAGGAGCUUCCCAAGCUAGAAGUUGUCUCCAAGACUUUGCGCCUCAGCAGACCGACGACACGUCGCUUGGAGAACAUAUUAGACGCCAUCUUGGACUUAGCCUGAGCAGUGCUCCUCACCUUCAUGAAAUAAAUUAUCUUAAUUAUAUUUCAAUGAAAUAUUAAAUAUU